GUGAGAGUGGAGCCUCGUGUCAAAUUAGCGCAACGGGUACUUGAGCUGUUUACGAGCAACAGAGUUUAGGAAACAAGAUAGUUAGACAACAAUGUAGGUUUUAAACUCCACACUGGAAUAUAAUGGCAAGAGAAAACACUGUUAGGUGAUGGUGGUAGUUUGUUCUCUUGGUACUAAUGGAACACUUCGAGCAGAAACAGGUCGUCACCGCUAGCCAAAGAGGCUACAAUGGUUCGUUAGCAAUGUCAAGUCAUAAUCUUCCGCCGGUGCGGCAUCUGCCACAAUGGACCCGGGUCGGGCGCCUCGGGAAGCCUUGCUCGCCUCAGCGUUUACCUCCAAACAAACUGCAGCCACUGCCUGUCGUCCCUCCAGCUGACAAACGAGUGUGGAGGGCAGCAGAGGUGUCCUCUCACAGCGACACGGACCCCCACGUCGCGUCCAUGCGGAGGAAUAUCCAGUUCCUUCAGCAGCAACACAAGGACACUCUCGAGAAGCUCCAUGCAGAGAUAGAGUAUCUCAGACGGGAGAAUAAAGAGUUGCAGUUUAAGAUGAUAAUGGAGCCUCCCAAGUCCUGUAGAAAAGGAGUGACACAAAGUCGGCGAGGCAUCAGACCCCCCAUUCAGGGAAGUGAAGCCCGUACGGGACUCUACCUGGAGGAGACGCUGCAGGACACUCGACCCUCACAGGACCAAGCACUGAGCCUUGGAGAUGGCAGCGACAUUCUGGGAUGUGCCAGGCAGGAGCCCAGCCUAGAGGUGAAGGGGGGGCUCAUCACCUCAUUACAACCUCUACGAAUCCACAGCAACCCCUCCCAUCCGCCGCGAGCCCCCACCCUGCAGGAAUGUGAGGUCAUCAUUCGGCAGCUCUACAACGCUAACAGCUUACAGUCUCAGGAAAUCAUACGUGUGAAGUCGUUGCUGAGAGAUAUUGUUUUGAGCAAAAAAAUCACCCCAGAGAACUACAUCCUGACAAAGGCCUUCCUUGUGGACGGAACCUGCAAAGUCACAAAAGAAAAGACAUUUCCGAAACUUGGUCUUCAAACAUUUCCCGAAAAGCCGUCCGGACCCUCUCACUCUGGGGUGGUCCUCCCUGCCCUGAAACAGAGCCUCAGCAACAGCAUCGCAGACAGACAGAGGAGGACCCGUGCUGUGCAGAGAGACCGCUUCAAAAGGACGGUGCACUGACAGGAUCCCCAGUACACAUCCAGUACACUGUUAUCCACCACCAUAUAAAGUAUUUCUGUCCUAUCAUAUUUUCUUUUAUAAUUGUUCUCAUGAAGGACCGCUUACAUGAAAAGAUAAACAUAGUUUUUCAUUCUGCACACAAACAGAAAAGGAAAUAAAGUCACAAAUGCAGUGUUGUCCUGGUAA